AUGGCUCAAAGAUUACAACAUCUUCUUCUCUCUAUAAUCUUCUUAGUUAAUCUGAUUCGCUUUUCAAGUCAACAAGGCUUAAGUUUCGUCUACAAUGGUUUUGACCAAGACCAAGACAAUAUUCACCUUGACGGCGUUGCAAGAAUCCAUAUCCCAGGUGGACUUUUACAGCUAACCGAUGACACGAAGCUGCAAACGGGUCAUGCUUUCUUUAACCGUCCAUUCGAUUUCGAUUCAGCUUCAUCUGAUGAUCAACCUCUCUCUUUCUCGACUCAUUUCGUUUGCGCUCUGGUCCGUAAACCAGGAGAUGAUGGUGGGCAUGGGAUUGCCUUUGUUCUAUCUUCUUCUAUGGAUCUCACAGAAGCAAAUCCAACUCAAUACUUAGGACUAUUAAACACGUCAAGUAAUGGAUAUCAAAUUUUAGCUGUGGAGCUUGAUACCGUCAAAACGGCAGAGUUUGACGACAUCGACAAUAACCAUGUCGGUAUAGACGAAAACAGUCUCAAUUCCGUUGUCUCGGCUUCAGCUUCUUAUUACUCCGACAGAGAAGGGAGGAACAAAAGCUUGACACUCUUGAGUGGUGAUCCUAUGCAUGUAUGGAUUGAUUAUGAAGGCACUCUACUCAAUGUAACAUUAGCUCCUUUAACAGAUGAGAAGCCAAGUAAGCCUCUUUUAUCAAGAAACAUCAAUCUCACAGCAAUCUUCCCGGAUCGAAAAGCAUUUGUCGGAUUUUCAGCAGCAACUGGGACGUUGGUGAGUUAUCAGUACAUCUUAGGGUGGAGUUUCAGCACAAGUAGCGCUUCACUACAGAGCCUUGACAUCUCUAAACUUCCAACGGUCCCUCACCCCAAGAUAAAUAAAGAAACAUCUCCUCUGCAGGCUCUGCUUAUUAUUCUAGUGGUUAUACUCGCGCUUGUGGUAAUGUCUGUUCUCGGAGGUGUGCUUGUGUACAGGAGGAAGAAAUAUGCUGAAGUGAAAGAGCCAUGGGAAAAGCCAUAUGGUCCAAUGCGCUAUUCCUACAAAACCUUGUAUAAAGCAACAAGAGGGUUUAACAAAGACGGUUGUCUCGGGAAAGGCGUCGAAACGGUUUUGAAACUCGGGUUGCUAUGUACAUGCCUUGUACCGGAUUCAAGACCAACAAUGGAACAAGUGGUGCAAUUCAUAAAUAGAUAUCAAACACUGCCUGAUUUCUCUCCGGAUACUCCUGGAAUUGGAGUUUCUAUGCCGGUGUUGACGGGAAUACCUUCUUUGGCCAUCACUUCCACUUCAGAGAUCUCAUCCCCAUCAGUUUCUUCUUCAUCUGCCAAUAAUUCCAUGUUCAUUUCUCACACAAUCAUAUAUGGUGAUGGAAGAUGA